GCCUUCAAUGCCAACAAAGACUGAAGCAAGAACUUGAAAGAAAAAAAAAAAAAGCCCUGCGAAUUUUCUCGCGCGUUUUUUUUUCUCUUCCUGUUUGGUGACCCAGAAAAUGCAAGAAACCAGUAAGGACCCUGCGAUCAAGCUCUUUGGGAAGAAAAUCCAUCUUCCGGCAGACGGCGAGAUUCAGACGAUAUCCGACGAUGACUUGGAGAAGAACAGAUGUUGCGGAGAUGGAGAGGGGGAAGACGACAAAGAGAAAGCAGAUAAGGAUUCUUCAGAAGAAAAAGCUACUGAGGCUGAACAAGAAGAUAAGACUGUCCAUCCAAAUACAGAGGAAUCCUUGAAUCCUGAAGUGUCUUCGGAGACUACUGUGAACCCCCAAACUCCUUCUAUUGAUGAGGAAACUGGAAAACCAAAGACUGGCAAGACUGACAAAGAACAAAGUAGUUCCAACAACUCACAAGAGAAAACAGUGAAGAAGCCAGAUAAAAUACUUCCAUGCCCCCGGUGCAAUAGCAUGGAUACAAAAUUCUGCUACUAUAACAAUUACAAUGUUAAUCAACCCCGGCAUUUUUGCAAGGCCUGCCAAAGGUACUGGACUGCAGGUGGUACCAUGAGGAAUGUCCCAGUUGGUGCUGGUCGUCGCAAGAACAAGAAUUCUGCCUCACACUAUCGUCAUAUCUCCAUCUCUGAGGCUCUUCAAGCUGCUAGAAUUGAUUCUCCCAAUGGGUUACAUCAUCCUGCAUUGAAAAGCAAUGGGAAAGUGCUUAGCUUUGGCUUAGAUUCUCCCAUUUGUGAUUCCAUGGCUUCUGUAUUAAACCUUGGGGAGAAGAAGGUUUUGAAUGGUACCCGAAAUGGGUUUCACUGUCUUGAAGAGCAAAGAAUUCCUAUAUUAAGCAGGGCUGGAGAAAAUGGUGACGAUUGUUCGAGUGCAUCCUCUGUCACUGUAUCCAAUUCAAUGGAGGAAGGAGGUAGAAACUGCAUGCCAGAACCAGUGCUGGGGAACAUUAAUGGCUUCCCUUCCCCAAUUCCAUGUCUCCCUGGGGUUCCUUGGCCUUAUCCAUGGAAUUCUGCAGUACCCCAACCAGCCUUUUGUCCAUCAGGAUUUCCUAUGCCGUUCUAUCCAGCAGCUUAUUGGAACUGUGGCAUCCCAGGUGCUUGGAAUGUUCCCUUGUUGUCUCUUCAAUCAUCUGCUUAUCCAAACCAGAAAUCUCCCACGUCCGGGCCAAAUUCCUCUACACUAGGGAAGCACUCCAGGGAAGGAGAUACACAGAAACCAGAUGAUUUGGAGAGAGAAAAACCAUCAAAGCAGAAAAAUGGAUCUGUUCUGGUUCCAAAAACAUUAAGGAUUGAUGAUCCUAGUGAAGCUGCAAAAAGUUCCAUAUGGGCAACGCUCGGUAUUAAAAAUGAGACACGUAGUGCGGGAGGGCUAUUCAAGGCCUUCCAGCCGAAGAGUGAUGAAAAGAGUCAUGUAGCUGAAACAUCUCCAGUAUUGCGAGCGAACCCUGCUGCCUUGUCUAGAUCCCUCAACUUCCACGAGAGCUCUUAAGCCUGCAUCUUGCUAGAUGCUUGAAGUAGGUAUGAAAAACACUAGCUCACUAAAGACAAAUUAGACACCUAAUUGAGAUGAACACAGAAAAAGGAAAAGUUCAGGGACGAAAGGGAGGAGGUGGUUUGGCAGUAGGGUGAGAUCUUUAGUUCUUGGUGAAAUGAAGGAAGCUCAGAAGAAACUACUAGUUCUGUUCUUGUAAACAGUGAGAAGAGUUGCCUUUUCAUUUACUUAGUUUGCUGACUUUUGUAUGAUGUACAUAUCUCUAUAUAUGUGAAAUGCUUAGACAGUUUGAGAAAAAAAUCUUAGAUGCACUUAUAUAAAUUCUCAUACUGAAG